AUGUGUGGACUAACAGCUUUCGUCGCUCUUUGCGGGAGCCCUAGCUACCAAGAUGAAGAGAUGACGGGCGCCCAAGACUUGGGGAGGAAGGUAAAUGACAGCUUGGACCUGAUUAAACAUCGAGGUCCCGAUGCGCGAGGGCAAUGGUUCAGUUCCGACUAUCGAGUUGGCCUUGGACAUGUUCGUCUUUCAAUCAUCGACCUCAGUCCUGCAGGGAACCAGCCAUUCCACGACAGCGACGACAAUAUCCAUGCUGUCGUGAAUGGCGAGCUUUACGAUUAUGAACGUAUCAAGGCUGAGUUGGCCGAUGAAUACGACUUCAAAAGUAAAAGCGACUGUGAGGUCGUCAUUGCACUUUACAGACAUUACGGCGAGUCGUUCCUUUCGCAUUUGCGGGGCGAGUUUGCUCUAGUACUCUGGGAUGCCAAGCGGCAGUUGUUCAUUGCUGCCAGAGACCGAUAUGGAAUCAAAUCUCUCUAUUAUACGGUUGUGGGUGGACGAUUACUGGUUUCGACGGAAAUGAAGUGUUUUCUGCCCUUUGGAUGGAAGCCUGAAUGGGACGUCGUAAAUCUCAGGGAGAAGGGUUGGACCUAUGGGCCCCAGAUGUACUUCAAAGGCGUGUAUAGAGUUGGGCCUGGUCAAUAUCUCAUGAGCCAAGGUUUCAAAGGAGCUCAGGUGAAGACGUACUGGGAUCUCAGCUACCCCGAUAAACACCGCGUCUAUCUGAACUCAGAGGCCGAGACAGUGGCUAGAGUCCGAGAGCUCUUACUUGAAUCGCUGCAACAUCGACUCCGUGCUGACGUUGGUGUUGGCGUGUUCUUGAGUGGAGGUCUAGACUCCUCAGCCAUUGCGGGCAUGACCGCACAUGUUAUCCGACAAGGAAAGAGUCUAGGAAACGAUGCAAGUGGUAAAAUCUCCAAUUUAAGCUGUUUCACAGUUCAGUUUGAAAAGGACAGUGGCUUGGAUGAAUCAGACAUCGCACGACGCACGGCGGAAUGGCUAGGAGUGGAUUUUCAUCCAGUACUUCUAGAUGAAGAGACUAUUGCUGCCAGAUUAGAAGAUACGGUGUGGCAUACAGAAACACCCAUCCCUGAUGUAAACGGAAUGGGGCGACUGGCUCUUGCAGACGCGGCCCAUGCGGCAGGGAAAAGAGUUAUACUUACGGGUGAAGGGUCUGAUGAGCACUUCUCAGGAUAUGCGGACUUUUUGUGGAGUUAUCUCCUUGAGCCAGACCACGCGUGGGCCUCGUCCUCAAACAUUAUGGCCGAACCAAAAAAGAUGCGGAAGGUAGCCGAUGAGUUGAUUGCAAACGGAUUUCUUGGGGCACUUCCCCGGUCCACCGAUGCGGAGGCUGCACAGAAGCUUAACAAAAGCUCAGUGUUUCCCAGACUUGACGCGGUGUUCCAGCCACCCUUCCAACAAUGGGUAUACAAGUACAGUCAUAACCGCCCGGAGAUGUCAUUUGCCGAAAGUCUCAGCGACAAUGUCCUUGCUGAUAUGGCGACAAAAUGGCAUCCGCUCAAUUCCUCACAGUACCAGUGGACUAAAUGUAUGUUGGCCAACUACAUUCUUCGAUACCUGGGUGACAACAUCGAUAUGGUGUAUCAAAUCGAGUCGCGGCCCCCCUUUCUCGACCAUCACCUCACCGAAUACGUGAACAGAAUUCCUCCUAGUCUGAAAAUCAAGUACGAUCCGGUGAAAAGGACCUUCCGGGAGAAACAUAUUCUCCGUGAGGCAAUGAAGCCCUUCAUCACCGAGGAAGUUUAUAAUCGCACCAAGCAACCUUACGUCGGCCCGACAAAGUACAAAAGGAAAGGGCCGGUAUACAAGAUCUUGAAAAAGCUGGUGACAGAGGCAAACGUUCAAGUACUCGGGUUCUUGGACUGGCAUAGAGUGCAGGACGGUUUUGUGAGAGCUUUCCGAGACCAUGAUACGUUGUCCUUCAAGAAUACGCUAAUGGUGGCUCAAUUGGUCGUUCUUGGAAAACGGUUCGGGGUAAAGACGGCGGAAGAUCCUCAGAAGCCCUUGCCUGUCUUUGAGGAUAAUGGGAGUGUGGUGAUUAGGAGCCGGCUGUAA